AUUGUUUGUUAUGUAUUAAUAUGAAUGACACGUUGUCAUGUCUAGAUGACUUUUGAGGCCACAAUAAUAUCCUUGGAAGUGAGUUUGCGUGAUAGAAAUAUAAAAAAAAUUAUUCAAGUGUUAUAAUUUUUUUAAUAAUGAACAUUGAACAACACAGUUUGAUUGGUUGAUUAAUAACAACAACAACAACAACAACAAAGAGCAGGAUUAUAGGUGGAAAAUUAAAUAUUAAGCAUUAUUAAUAAUGACAACCCAGGAAAAAUUUGAUGCAGCUGUCAAUGUCAUAAGGAAUUUGCCUAAAAAUGGUGCAUAUCAGCCAAGUCAUGAACUACAAUUGCGAUUUUAUGCAUAUUUUAAACAAGCAACAAAAGGACCAUGUCAACAAGCAAAACCAGCAUUUUGGGAAGUUGUAAAAAAAGCUAAAUGGGAUGCUUGGAUGAGACUUGGAAAUAUGAGUCGUAAUGAGGCGAUGAAUAAUUAUGUUGAUGAAUUAAAAAAAAUUGUUGAAACAAUGUCAUAUACAGAUAAUGUUGCAAAUUUUUUGGGUAGUUUAGAUUCAUUUUAUGAAAGUGUACCAUCAGAAGAUCUUGAAUUACUUGUUGGUCCUGUAAUUGAAAGAAUGAGGUCACAACCUGGUUCACCUCUUUCCGGUUCACCUCUAGGAUCGAGGGAAACUUCACCACACAGGGUAAGAAAUACAUCACGUCACAUAACAAGUAGCCUGGAAACAAGUCCAGCAAGUAGUCACAGUGCAAGUCCACUACCUCCAGAUACUGAUGGUGAAGAAGAUGAAUUUAAAGACACCGUUGAAACAGCUCCUGAAAAAGUUUUAACUAAAUCAUCAAUUGGUGCUUCACGAACAAUACCAGUACCUGUCAAUUUAACAAAUGGAUUUAAAGAUGAUUUAACUGAACCAACAAAUGAUGCUAAACAAUUAUGUGAACGAGGACGUACGAGAGAUAAAAAAGAUGAUAAAAAUAAAAAUGCUGAAUUUUUAAAUCAAAUUGCUGUGACAAUGCAAAAUUUACAACGAGAUUUGGAUAGAAUUACUGGAAGAGUUAGGAGUCUAGAAGGACAAGCUUUACAUGCAUUAGCUCCACAAUCUGAAUGUGCUGUUAAUGUACAAUCAAGAUGGUGGCCACUGCCAGAUUGUUCACCAAAAUUAUUAACAUUUUUAAUAUUGUGGCCAUUUGUUGCCCAGGGUAUUAUUGCAUUCACCCAACGCUAUCGCCAAAGAAGAACCUGAUUAUUUUAAUUAUCAGAAUAUAUUUAAUAUAACGUGAAUUAACUAUGUCUAAUUAUUUAAUAAUAAUGCAUUUUAAUGAAUUUUAAAGAAAAGAAAAAAAUUGUUUUCAUAGACAACAAUAUAUUGCUCAAACAAUGUUUUUUUUUCUUUUGAUAUAUCAAAGUGCAAAUAUCACCGAAUAUUUAAUAAUUUAAAUUGUUGUGGUUAUAGGUAUUUAUAAAAAUGUUGAAUAAUUGAUAAACAACUAUUGACCUAUAUAAGCAUAUUUUUAAAUUGCAAAAAAAAAGUCAAUUUUUUAAUACAUUGUUAUUUAUAUUUUGCAAAAUUACACUUAGAUUUUUAAAUUACGUUUUUAAAUAAUUCAAUUUAAUAAAAAAUUAUAUUUAUAAAUUAUUAAUUAUAUAGAUAUAUAUAUUGUACUAUAGAAAAUAUAUGGGAUAAGUGAGAAUUUUUUUUAUUCAUCGAAUUUAUUAAGCUCGUAUAUUGAAAAUAGUUGAAGAUAAAAUUUAAAAAUAUACAAUAUUAUAUCAAGAUAAAAACCACCUGUUAUUCACAAAUGUAAUAUAUUAUUAUAUAUAUAAAAAAUAUUAAGUUUUUUAAUAUAUAAACAAAGCUG